CGGUAAUUCUCAUCAUGGUCUCCGCCCCUCCACAUACAAUGCAAUGGGCGUUUCCAAACAAAAGACAGCAGAGGGCACUUCAAAAUGGGAGAGAGCUUCCAUGAACAGCUGCGAAUAGACAGCCGGUUCCUGAAAUCGGACCGACGUCUAGAUACAGAACUGGUGGAUAAACUCAUCCUGCAGCUCAACAGAAUCUACCCACAGAUCCUGACUGACAAGGAGGCCUCCAAGUUCAGGGAUUUGGAUGUGCCCACCUGUAUCAGGCUGGCGGAGCUGCUGAAUCAUCUACAGGAGAAAGGAGAGGAGGCAUGUCGAGAGUUUUACAGCGCACUGCACCUCCACGUGGAGGACGUUUAUUUCAGUUUACCCACACGCCUCCGACUCAGAGAGUCUGGUGAACCAGUUGUCCCAAUCACGAGUCCCAAGGACAGAUAUGUAAUGAAUGACCAUAGUCCGUUUUUCUUCCUUAGUUGUUUCAGUUUGGCUGUAGGAGCAGCUCUGCUGUAUUACUAUGGCGAGUCCAAGCAGGUGUCAGGCUCCAGCAGCGCUCUGGGUCUGGCUGCGAUGGGUCUUAGUAGAAAAGUGCGGGACGUUCUCAUCUGGUACACAGAAGAUGGAAAAUGAUGGCUUUUUUGCUGCCUUAAAAAAAUAAUUUAGACACAGCAAUUGAUUCUGAAAUACUCCGUUAUCCUUGUCAAAAAUAUCAAAAAAUAUUUUAAUUCAGGUUUUAAAAAAUAUGUACAUACUAUGUAUAAUAGAGAAAUUAUUGUUAGAAUUCAGAAUUAGAAUGGCUGAAUUCCAAAGAUUUCAUUUUUAGGUUUCAUGGCUAAAUCUGGAAUCUCUUCAAUUUUAAAUAUAACAAUUGAAUGGUUUAUAUAACUGCUUAAUAUCUUUAAUCAAACAUUACAGUCAAUGAAAUAAUAGCAAUUUAUAUGCAAUACCAAGGGCAGGAACUCAUUACUUUUAAGAAAAGUUGGAUAGGAACCAGACUCGCUACUUGCACUAAAGUAUUUAGUUGAAGUUGAAACGCUGAGCUGCUCUGUUAAUGUUGCGACCCUCAUUUUGUUUGUGCAUUUGUUUUAUUGUACUUUAAAAAUAGACGUCAAACUCAUUUAUAUAUUAUUUAUAGUCAGUAUCUUUCAAUUCUCACAGACUUGGGACUUGCCAAGAGAUUAUAGUAGUAAAAUGUUGGAGGUUUAUAAUUCACUACGCCAUUUAGUACAUGCAAAACUGGGUAAACUUGACAAAUCAAAUUGAUCAACGUGUCAAUAUUUUGACACAUAAGACAAUAAAGACUACAGAUAACCUUAAAGUCCAGUACCUUGGAGUAUUAGGAGUUUGUUACUUUGUAAUACCUUUUUUGUGGGCUAAGUUUUCAACAAAUAUGUUUAUAUUGUUUGCUUACUUUUAUACUAGCAGCAUGUUUGUACUGGUUUGUGUACUAAUAAUUAAUAUUGUCAAUUUACUCUUGUGGUCUUGUUUCUGCAGUGCAACUGUAAGUGUUUUAUAAAACUUUUUGGCCUGGAAACUUUUUAGAUGAAUUUGCUAAUGGGGCACAUUCACAGUAGUUAACUGAGAAACUAUAUUUUUUGUCAGGGGUUAAAAAAAUUAUUAGGCUAAAUAAAACUGUGGAACUGUUGCUAAUGUACUUGGAGAUGAAUUUGAUUUCCACGUCUUGAUAUACCAAAACAAACACUUGACUAGUUGCAAAAAAAAAAAGAUUGCUGAAAAAUAGUUUUAUUGAUGUCAGAAUGAUUGUUUUGUCCUUAAAUGCAGUCGAUUUAGGACUGAGGAAGACCAGUGCGCAAUACUGAACAACUGUAAGUUGGUCUACUAUUUAUCUGUGCACUGAAUGACUAAAUGCAAUUAUUUUGAAUUACUUGAUUUUCUUUUAUGACUCAAUACUGCUCUCUAAAAGUGAAAAACAAAGGAAAUAGUUGGCCAUUUAUACAAACAAUAUCGAUAUAAAAUGUACAAAAAGUCCAAGAAACAUAUAAACAUAUGGAUAGUAAAUAAUCACAAC